CGUUAAUCAAAUACAACAAGAUCAAUAUGCAUUCGUAUAAUUGUUAUAAUGUAUUGGAAUUCUGAAUUGCGGUGGAGAAAGUGCAUUUUCUGAGUGAAACUUUGAUGUAGUUGAAGUGUAAGCAAAGAUAUGCCAUAGUCAGAUAUCCUUUGAGGAAUAAUAAGAAGAGGAUUUCAGUUGAACGUGAAAAUGGUUUUUGACAAAUAGAAUAAAAUUGAAAAUGACCUUGCACGGAUCUGAUGAAAGCAAGAAUGUGAUUAUCAGUGAUUUCAACAUAAAUUAUAAUAGAUGGUAAGGAUGCUAAAUAUCUUGGAGUUGUAAGGUAAGAUUCUAACGAACUGGAAAAGAUUUUUUAUAGUAGAUUUUGGAGGAGAAUGGGAUGAUACAAAAUUAUAUUUAUAAAAAUUAUUCUUAACUUUAUUUUAGGGAUAUGUGGUACUAUGAAAGCAGAUAAAAAGGAUAAAUUGCUAAUAACUCAACUUUCUGUUUGAUAGAAUAUUUAUAAAUUAAAAUAUGA